UUGAAUUCUUGAAAAUGUAUUUAUUUAUUGCACUAUUUCAAUACAUGAAUUGUGUUUCGUAAUUAUUUCAAAUUCUAAACAACCAGUAUAUACUGUCAAGAACAUUUUUCAAUUUGAUAACUUGUAAAUAAAUUCAAGAUUGUAUUGGAUUUUGGAGUUGUAUCAAAAGCACAAUGACCAGUCAACAAAAAAACAAACUAUUUUUGACGGGAGCUUCAGGAUUGCUGGGUAGAGCACUCUACAAAAAGUUUGAAUCUGAAGGAUGGGAUAUUUAUGGCACUGCAUUUGUAAGGGUUCAGGAAGGUUUGCAUGAACUGGACAUCACCAAGAGGGAUGAUGUUGAGAGGGUGAUUACAGAGUUCCGGCCUGACUUUGUGAUUCAUGCAGCAGCUCAGCGGUUCCCAGAUAAAGUGGACUCAGAUCCUGAUGCUGCAAGACGCUUGAAUGUCGACGCUACAGGCUACGUUGUGGAUGCAGCAGCCAAAGUUGGAGCUCCUGUCCUCUACAUCAGCACUGACUAUGUGUUUGACGGGAAAGGGGAAACUGCUUAUACUGUCCACGACAAGCCUAAUCCCAUCAAUUUGUAUGGGCAAACCAAACUGGAAGGAGAGGUUGUCGCACUAAAAUGUCCAGAAAACAGUGUGCUGAGAAUACCAGUCCUCUAUGGACCUGUCCUGGACCUGAAGGAAUCUGCAGUUACUUGUCUCUUACAACCUCUCCUGAUGACAACCAAAGUUGCAUACGUCUCUCAUCUGGAACGCAGAUGUCCCUCUCACGUUGAUGACGUUGCUCUCAUCUGCCUUCAGUUGGCUAAUGCUAGAAAGGAUAAAGCAAUUAAGGGAAUAUGCCAGUGGUGCGGAGAGGAGAAGAUGACCAAGUAUCAGAUGGUGUUGAAGAUGGCGGAGGUAUUCAGUAUCCCACAUUCCCACGUGAAGCCGGAGAUGAAGUUGGGAGCGAGUGCCACCAGACCUUUGGACCCACAGUUGGACUGUUCCCGGCUCAAGCAGUUGGGGUUUGGGCAGCAUACUCCAUUCACCAAAGGAAUAUACGAUGUUCUGUGUUCCUGGGUGUCUCUUAACAUUCACGUAGUGCCUGAUAUACGACCUUACACGGUUCCCACAAACAAACCGUAGAAUGUUGGUUCAGCAUUUUACCGGUUUCUAAGACCAAUUUCAACUAGUGAUUUAGUUAAUAGGUUAUACAUUAAUACCUUUACUAAAUGUUAGGGGUUUUUUUCUCAUCUUAUUCUAGUUUUAUGGAAGGAAGGGAAGGGGCAUAAAUAACUUGGCUUACAACUGAAUUUUGUGCUUAAAUUGGAUUUGUGAACAAUCACAGUUCAAGCUUGUUUAUCUUAGAGCGCCAAAGUUAAACACAACUACUGAAUUUUUACAAAACAGUAAACAUUUAUUUUAUUUGUUUUCUGUAAAUUAAUCUCUGUGAAAUAAAAUAAUAAAUUGGCCCACUUUUACUAUUACAUAAAUUCUUUAGUAUCUGAAUUUUACUAUGUUACCAUUCUAUUCCCAGUUUAUCUGGAUAUUAAUUCAUCCCGAUCACUUGCAGUCCCAAUUAAUCUGGAUAAAUGAGGUUGUUCACAAGAUGGCAACUCAAAACCUAUUUUCAAAUUCCUAUGGCAUAAUGAAACAUGCACCUAUUACCAUGUUAGAAUAAACUAUAAAUACUGGCUAAAUUCAUUAUACAAAUUUUUUUCUGUUUUAAAGAAUAAAUUACUUUUCUAUGUGCUUAAAGCUAAAGUUUAGUUAUCGUUUGUGAUUUUUUUUUAGAACUUGCAAUAAUUUUUAGUUGUAAUGACUGGUUAUAUGUGUAACUAGGAUUCUUAUUUUAUUAAAGUUAGGAAAAAAUGAAGGUAUCAUGUAACACUUGGAAUAGUCAUAUAAGUAUUUUUUCAUUUGUAAUGGUUUAAAAGUAAUCAAAUUCAAUCUAAUCAUAUUCUUUGUUUGAAGUUUAUU